AUGGAGCACCAUGAAUGUGAUCAUGCAGGCUGCACAUCAUCAAAUUCAAAUGCAUCUGUCUGUCAGACAUUGUCUGAAAUGGAUUGGGAAAGAGGUUUAUGGUAUGCAGCUUUUUAUGGUGACAUAGAUAGAGUCAAAUACUUGAUUGAAAAAGCAAAAAACAUUAAAGAAACUGUAAAUGCUGUUGAUAAUUCUGGUUACACUCCACUGCAUUAUGCUGCACGCACUGGUCAUAUAGACAUCUGCAAAAUAUUACUACAAAAUAAUGCAAACAUAAAUUCCCAAACCAGAAGUGGUAUGGCGACACCUCUACAUAAAGCUGCAGCAGCAGGUAAGACUGAUAUGGUAAAAUUCCUCAUUCAGUCUGGUGCCUCUGUGGAAAUGCAAGAUGUUGAUGGCCAAACAGCUCUUCACAAGGCGAUUGAAAAUAAUAAAACUGACCUAGUUGAUUUCUUGCAUACUACAUAUCCCCAACUCAUUAAUAUAAAAGACAAGAAAAGUGCUGUUAAAUGAAGUUUAUUUGAUGUCAUUAGUUUGUGUAUGCAUUAUGGCGAUAAGUGAAGAUGCUUGUUAGAAAUGCUUAUGGCACUUUUUUCAUAAUUUUCCUUGUGUGCAAUAUCAUAUUAUAAUAUUUCUGUUGCUUUGUUUUAAAGUUUAUGAUAUAUUGUCAUUUGAUUUGUAUAAUGAAUAUUUGUUGAUAUUAUGUAUAUUUUAUUAGCAUUUCUUUACUGAUAAGAUUUUAGAUUUAAUUUUAUAUAGAAAAUAAUAGAACCAAGACUGUAUUACGGUGUAAUACGUCUAAUAAUUAGAAUAUCAAAUUUUUAAGCCUAAAUAUUAUAAGCUAAAAUUUGAACUAAAUCUGAUCCCAUUUAUUACCAACUACACACACACUGUAAAUUGUUACCUACAUCGGUAACAAUUACUAUAAAUUGUACUCUACACCUUCACAACUAAUUAGGACUUAGCCUCCUGCACAUGGGUGGCGUAAAAGGUUUAAAAUAAAAGUUAUCACAAUGAACACUCCUUGACUAUAAAACCAUUGACUCACCUACACAAUUGUUUAGUCUGCAUGUUGUUGAUGUGUUGUAAUGCACCCAGAAUUAUAACACAUCAACAACAUGCAUACUGUGUGCUGGUUAGACCUUGAUAUGACAAACAUUCUAGCAAUAGGUCAGCUAACGGCGACUUUGUAGUUGAGUAAGUUUCCAUGAUUUUGAUCUCUUUAUUUCCUCAUCCUCGUUACUUUAGUUUGCCUUAUUUAUGAAUUUGUUGAAAUUAUACUUAAGCCAGACUUUUAAAGUAAUACAAUAUUAUUUCUUGAAU